GCCACCGAAUGCCCCUCAGCCGCAGCGGCCCCCGAGCGCUCCGGGCGGAGGCGGGCGGCCCCCUCCCCUCCCCGGCCUCCCCGCCCCUGCCCCGCAUUGGCUGCGGGCGGUGACGGGCAGCUGGGGAGGCCCCUGUCAGGCGGCCGCGGAGGGGCCUACACUGGGGGUCCGGCCGCGCCGGGGAGCCGUGCUGUGUCGAGCUGCGGGGUGUCGGACGGAGUCGAGCCGCACCGGUGCCGCCAUGGGAGUAGAGAUCGAGACCAUCUCUCCGGGAGACGGACGGACGUUUCCAAAGAAGGGUCAGACAUGUGUGGUGCACUACACAGGAAUGCUACAGAAUGGAAAGAAGUUUGAUUCCUCCAGAGACAGAAACAAGCCUUUUAGGUUCAAGAUUGGCAGACAAGAAGUCAUUAAAGGAUUUGAAGAAGGUGUUACACAGAUGAGCUUAGGACAAAGAGCAAAGUUGACCUGCACACCCGAGAUGGCCUAUGGAGCCACAGGCCACCCUGGGGUUAUUCCUCCCAAUGCUACUCUCAUCUUUGAUGUGGAGCUUCUCAGGUUAGAGUGAAUCAUCUCAAGGGAGUUGUCUGGAGACAUCUGUUAAUAACCAUCCAUUCUUUCUCACCUUGCCAGCAGCAGGAGAAAUCUUCACUGGAAUACCAAUCUUCCCUGCUCAAGCUGUUCUGUCAAUAGCACCUGCAGUUGGGUUCCUUAUGCCUUCUUCCUCUUUUUAACUUUGUGGUGUCUGUAUUUGCCUUUUAUUAGAAGCCUUGUCCUGGGACAAAGCAGCUUUGUCCAGCGUUGUAACAUUCUUCAAGUUGUACAUUUUAUUUAAUCUGCAUGUAAGAAGAACUUACAGUGAUGACUGAAAAGAUAUAUAAAUAUAAAUAUAGAUAUAUAUAUUCCUUUUUGGAAAACCACUGCCUUACUGUACACUUAAACCAAGAAAAAGGAAACACAAAAGGUGCUCACACAAACAGAUGAUGAAUAAUCCAAUGUAGGCCUUGUACACGGACGGGCAUUAGCCAAACAAAUUACCUGCGCUGCCACUUUUCUCAACGUGUAUGUUCUGCUUGCUGCUGUUUUUAAGAAAAAAGCUGUCUCAGUUAAGAAUUAAAAGCCUAUAUAUAUAUUAAAAGAAAAACAAAGCAAAAAUAAAAACGUGGUUCUUUACAGUUUCUGCUUCUCUGGCCACUGGAAUUCUUUGUGGCGUGUAAGAAGUUCUAUAAACAAUCACCAACGUCGUCAACGCAUUUUUUGUUACUCUCGCUUCUUGUGUGAAAUACACAUCAUUCCAUGCACUGCUCCUGGUAGAGAUGGCACAGUGGGACCAGGAACGUGCAUGUAAGGACUGCUGGAACAGAGAGGUUUCCUGCCCUCCUGGUGGCCCCUCAACUCUGCCCAGUUUGGCUGCUGGCGAAAGUGAUGCUUCUCAAACACUUGCAAUGCUGGUCCAAUUCUAUGCUUCUGCAACUGUAAAACUAGUGUAAAAUUUUCCACUAGAUCUGAGAAAUGCUAGAGAAAAGCAGAACUAUGCAUCCACCCUGAAAAACAAAUGUGAGCUGUGGGAUGAUGUGGCCACUGAACACAAGGGGUAUUUUUAGGCUGCAUCUUCUGAUGCUGUUUAUAUUGCCUGCAAGCUU